UCAACGGUGCAAGAUGGAUUCAACUCAGUCCACACCGUCCAGUCGCUCAAUCAACACUGUCGUCAUCGACAAACCAGCCUGCGGUAGGUUUCUCAACGGUGCAAGAUGGAUUCAACUCAGUCCACACCGUCCAGUCGCUCAAUCAACACUGUCGUCAUCGACAAACAAGCCUGCGGUAGGUUUCUCAACGCUGCAAGAUGGAUUCAGCUCAGUCCACACCGUCCAGCCUGCGGUAGGUUUCUCAACGGUGCAAGAUGGAUUCAACUCAGUCCACACCAUCCAGUCGCCCAAUCAACACUGUCGUCAUCGACAAACCAGCCAUUUGGCGAUGAUGUUGUGAAGUUAUGGAAGAAAAUAGAAUGUAAGAACACAACUACAGAAGCACGCCAAGCAGCAGCCAUCUUGGAUGGGGCCACAAUGGGGAACAAACUGCAGAUGGAGAUAACUGCCGCUUUGCUCCAACAACAGCCCACUAUCAACCACAAUCAGAACAAUAUCCGACAUUCUGCAAUUCAGCGUCCAGGACACCACUGCUUACAUGAUGACAAAUGCGCCAACAAUAUACAGCCUAAUCAGCAACUUGAUAACACCAACAUACAAAAGAAGCACAGAGGACCGGUCGCAGUCUUUAGCCAUAGUAAUAAUAUCAACCAUAGCCAACCACCACAGCCACAAGACAACAGGAAUCCAGACCAUCCUGUCACUGGGAUCCAUGGCAAGAACUUGUAAUAACCAGGUACAGACGGUCCUGAACCAUGCGGACAUGGCAGUGUCGAAGAUUAUCAAAGAUUACGCUGCCCAGAUGCGGUCCACCCCCAUCCCAAGUGAAGGGCAGAUAUGGGCAUAUGAUAACCUUAAUAUCAUGGUGCGGGUGCAACAAAUCAGAAAAGGACACCACGGGGAGAUGAAGAUUUGGACCACACGUUUGUCGGUGCCAUUGAGGUACAACCCUCCUGCUGAGCUGUCCUCAGAACCUGCGGGAAGACGCAGGGAUCUCUGUGCAGCAGACCUGCUGCCUUCCAGAGAGGACAUGGACAGCCUAAAAGGCAGAUUGGCAAUACAUGUGAAGAAGCUGUUGUGCACACACUUCACCAGGUUCAAGGAUCUCAGCCGACCCCAACCUAGCAGGGCAGUUACAAAGUCUACAUACCGCCCCCUGGAACUGAUGGACAAGGAUGAGGCUAAGACCUCGGACAAUAUCAAGAUUUUGAGAGAAUUCGCUACAGAGGCGGGGAUGACACCAGACCACUGCCCUGAUCAGGUUUGA